AUGAGGGACUGUAGACCCAUUGCUUGUUGCAAUGUGCUCUAUAAAGUAGUCUCAAAAGUUCUUGCCAACCGGUUAAAAAAACUACUUCCCAGGAUCAUUAUUGCAAACAAGUCCGCUUUUGUGAAGGGUAGGCUGCUGAUGGAAAAUGUGCUUCUGGCUUCAGAAGUAGUUAAGGAUUAUCACAAGAACUCGAUCGCUCCUCGUUGUGCUAUGAAACUGGAUAUUUCUAAAGCUUUUGAUUCUGUUCAAUGGUCCUUCCUUCUGAACAGUCCAGUGGCUAUGGGAUUCCCAGAAAGAUUUAUCCAUUGGAUCAAGUUAUGUGUUACCACUCCCUCCUUCUCGGUCCAAGUCAACAGAGAUUUAGCUGGCUAUAUCCAGAGCUCAAGGGGGCUGCGCCAGGGCUGUUCCCUUUCACCAUAUCUCUUCGUUCUUUGUAUGAACGUUUUGUCAUAUAAAAUUGACAAAGCGUUGAGGGAGAAGAAAUUUGGAAUCUAUCCUCGGUGUCAAUCUCUCGCCCUCACCCAUCUCUGCUUUUUUGACGACUUGAUGGUGUUUGUGGAAGGUACCAAGAACUCUGUAGAAGGAGUGCUCUCAGUAUUUGAUGAAUUUGCAGGGUGGUCGGGUCUUUCUAUCAGCCUAGAGAAAUCAACUAUCUUUAUGGUUGGGAUUGCUGAAGGUGAGAGAAGUAGAAUUCUCACAAACUUCCCGUUUGCUGAGGGUAAGCUUACAGUCUGUUACUUGGGAUUACCUCUGAUGACUCAGGUUAUGGGUAGACAAGAUUAUUUGCCACAGGGCACUGUCUUUCGACUUCCAGGUCAAUGUUCAAAAGAGAUUGAGAAACUCUGCUCCGCUUUCUUGUGGUCUAGGCCAGAGCUUAAGUCUACUGGUGCUAAGGUUGCGUGUCAGGACAUCUGUAAAACAAAAGACAAGGGUGGGCUGGCGAUUUGGCCGUUGAAAGAAGUUAACCAUCUAAAGCUUAUCUGGAGAAUGUUUCCUGGAGACUCUCUUUGGGGUAAGUGGAUUAGAACUAAUCUUCUCAAAAAGAAAAGCUUCUGGGAAGUUAGUGAGAAAACGCAAGCAGGCUCUUGGAUAUGGAGGAAAAUGCUCAAGUUGAGAUAUGUAGCCAGGCCAUUUCAUAUGAAGGAUGUGGGAAAUGGGAGACAGAUCUCCUUCUGGUUCGAUCGGUGGUCUGAGUUUGGGGUGAUGUCUGAGUUACUUGGUGAGAGAGGUAUACUUGAAAUGGGUAUCCGAAGGGAAGCUACUUUGGAGGAAGCUCUCUGCAAUCAAAGGAGGAAGAAAAGACACAGACGGCCUAUCUUAAAUGACAUUGAAAAGGAGAUGAGUAUUGUUAAAGAAAAGCUGAGUUCUGAAAUGGAGGAUGUGGAUUUGUGGGGAUGGAAGUCGGGUUACAAAAACAACUUUUCAACCACUGAGACAUGGCAGCAGACACAAGAAGUAGGGUCGGCUUGUACCUGGGGGAAGAGUAUCUGGUUCUCUCAGGCUUCACCAAAGUUUGCCUUCAUGACUUGGAUUGCAAUGCAUGACAGCAAUGGAAAAAAGGAAGAGUUUCUGUCUCAGAUAUGCAUUACAAGUCACCUUGUAUACAUUGUGGUGGGAAAGAAACACGCGCCGUCAUGGAGACUCUCUUAUGGCGUCGCAAGCCUUGACUAA